GUAGAGGUAACAGCAGUCAGAACACAGACCAGAGCAUAAGUAUGAAGUUUAACACAGCUUUGAGUGUUGUUGGAACCUUACUUCUCAACAUAGCAGGUUCUCUCUGCCAGUUAGAUGUAUGUGGUCAUGCUCCCCUCAACAACAAGAUUGUUGGAGGAGAAAAUGCAGCAGCAGGGUCCUGGCCGUGGCAAGUCAGCAUUCAAAGUGUCAGUUUUGGAGGCCAUUUUUGUGGCGGGAGUCUGAUUAAUAAAGACUGGGUUUUGUCUGCUGCUCACUGCUUCCAGAGUUCCUCCCUGGGUACCAUUGAGGUCUACAUAGGACGUCAGAUCCAGUCGGGCUCAAACCCUUAUGAGGAAUACAGGACAGCGAGUCAAGUCAUUACCCAUCCUAACUAUAACAAUCCUAGCGAUGACAACGACAUAGCCCUGCUCCAGCUCUCUUCCUCCGUGACUUUCUCUGAUUAUAUUAACCCAGUCUGUCUGGCUGCUGCUGGUAGUACAUUUGCUGCAGGUACAGAGAGCUGGGUCACUGGAUGGGGAACGCUACAGUCUGGAAGCAACCAGAUUUCUAACAUACUGCAGGAGGUGAUAAUACCAAUUGUGAGCAACAGUGACUGUAAUAAUGCUUAUGGAGGUGGCAUCACAAGCAAUAUGAUUUGUGCUGGAUUGUUGAAUCAGGGAGGGAAAGAUUCAUGUCAGGGAGACUCUGGAGGUCCAAUGGUCUUUAAGAAUGGCUCCCUGUGGAUUCAGUCUGGCAUUGUGAGUUUUGGUCAAGGAUGUGCUGAUCCCAACUAUCCUGGUGUAUACACCCGAGUGUCUCAGUACCAGGACUGGAUCAACUCUUUGAUCAUGGGCAGCAACCAGUCUGGAUAUGUCUCCUUCACUAACCAGCCUGGAUAUGUCUCCUUCACUUCCGAUGGAUUCAGAAGCUCACCUAACCUGCUUUUAUUUUCCAUUUCUCUCACAUUCUCCAUUAUUCCUUUCAUAUGCUCCGUAUUUCUCUCUUCAUAGAGAUUAUUUGAAUGACAAUACUCAGGGUUCUUUGAUUGAAAGGACAAUUGUACUGUACAAGUUCUCAUAGGCGAAGAGAGCAGGUAUAUGUUUAUGCUGUCAUUUAUUCUUUAUCAUUUAAAAAUAUACUAAUCUUGGAAAGCUA